AUCCCCUAACCGCUCUGUGCUUCAGAGUCAAGCCUCUGCUGAAAGGUGCUGUGGAAAUAAAGGGUAUUCUGCUGGGUGUAGGCCUCCACUUUCAGUGAGCUACCUCCAUUCUUUGGCAAAUACAUCACGUAUUGCUUGUGUUUAAAACAUGGAACUAACUGAAAGUUACUGUCUGGAUUGGAGACAGGCCCACACCUGCAAGUUUCUAUCUCUGUGCAUUAAUAUCAUUAGUUUACCGCUAGCUUUAGAGAGUAUUCGAGGGCUAGGAGCACCAGCCUGGCUGCUCAUUACCAAGAGGGAGUGAGGGUGCAUGGAGGGAUGCGAGCUAGUUACCCGUCUUUCAGAGGCAGGUGGCUGUUCUUGGAUACUUUUCACUGAAUGACUGAUGGUUUGUUUCAUAACUGGGAACAAUGGCCCUGCCUGAAAGAUACUUCUGAAUUCCUUUGCCAUGGUUUUGGGUGAAAGCAUCUGUUAUGCACAGGAAGGUCAGCCUGAUUACGUGAGCCAUAUCCAAUAGCAGCAAUGAGGUAAGUCGCAGAAUAGUAAACGCUACCUGAUUUCAUUCCAGUCAUUGAAAUAGGCAGAGACUUGUGACACGUGCCUAUGAAAAACCUUUCCAGUUCUGCCACCCCCAGACCUUCCUUCAAGGCAUGGUGUGAAUGCCUAGAGCCCUGCACAGAUACAAAAUGUGUCUCCGCAUCCAAUCUGCAACCAAGAUGUGUGGGUAUCUGUGGAUUUGCAGGGCUCUAGAUAUAAAAUUUGGAUCUGAAUCGAACUGCAAACAUAGUCCACAGGCAUCUGCAGAUAUAAAGCGCACAUCAGUAGAUUGGCAAGGCUCUCUGUCACCGACCUGAUAUAAUCUUAUUAGAUGAUUACACCAGGAUAACCACACCUCAGAAACACAGCCCUGGGCCUGUUCAGGAGAGUUCUGCUUUCCCUGUUCACCACCACCUCUUGCUUCAGAACAACUCUCCUUCCCAAGGGUUCUCGCUCGUAGGUGUAUCUGAGCGUUAACUUCUGCAGAGUCUCUCAGACAAGCUUUGCGCAGGCUAAUUGUGCUGUCUUCCUGGGCUCUUGCCUCCAUGAAUUCAGACUCCCGUCGUGAUAACACCAGGUAUUUCUUUGAGAUUGGGGGCCAGCUAGGUGGCACUGUCCCUAAUCCUCCUCUUCCAGGCAUUUGGAGUCCUGCAGCUCCUCUUUAUCCUUCUUGUUAAGCCUGCUAGCUGUCUGUGAGCCGGGAGUUGUACCAGCAAAUCAUGCUGCAGAGCUGUGCAAAAACCCUAGAGUUAGGUUGCCACCCUGCAAUCGAUCUCUCUUAGGAGAGGGCUGCACAUGGCAAAAAUAAAUAGUCCCUAGAAGGCAGGCAUGGCUGGGGAAGGCUUUACUUUCUUCUGGGUCUCUUUCCUCGCAGCAGUUCUAUCGAAACCAGACAUAAACUUCCUCGAGGGUGAGACGGAAAAGGACAAGCCCUUGCUACAGACUCAACAGUGGGAUCAUUUCUUCUCCCCAAACGCCAGGCCUCCUGAAUGCUUCCCCCCCUGCCUAGCGGUGUGUGUUCUCCCUGCUCUGUGGCAGAGAGAAGGGGGUAGCAAUUCCAGCGUGCUUUUUUCCUAGUAAAAGGCUCCUGCAGCGUACGCGAGGCAGCCUGUGGCUGCCCCCAGCUCACCCCCCGGGGCUGUUUGCUGUGGAAAACGGUGGGUGGGACGGGCAGAAUAGACCGGGAUAGGGAAGCUGCCUGCAGAAGCAGAGGGGCUGCCUGGAAUCGUAUAUUCCCGACGUAGCCCUGCACCUCGGCUCGCUACCACUGCCAGGGGACCGCCGCUUGCAUCUUUUCCCCCUUUCGGAGCCUCUGCGCUGCAGUCACAGAGAUUAGACAAGAAUCAGCCACGCGGCGCGGUUUUUUACUGGCAAUGCAGCCACACUGGGGGAAGAGUAAUUUUACCCCGGUUAAAAGAAAGAAACGCAGCGCCACCCCCCCCAUGCCGUGCCAUUCCAGGCGUGCUGGGUCCUGCGCCCCGCUCCCACUGCCGCUCCCCCGGACGGGGCGCCCCCGCCGGUCGCCCCGCGGACGCUGCUCGGUGCACGGGGAAGAGGAGGCUCGGGAAGCGCUGCUCCGGCGGGACACGCGGCCGCUCUCCAUUGCGCGCGGCCGCCAGAAACCCCGCAGCAGCCCUGCCCCUUGCAUCCAAAAUCCAAACCCCAAUCCCGCGGCUGCAAUGGGCCUCUUCCUCCCGGGGCACCCCCGCGCCUGCUCCCCUCCUGCGACUGCGCCUCGCGGCUGCGGGCUCCCUCUCUGGUCGGCAGCCCGGGGGAGGGGGAAGGGUGCGCCCGCCCCAAAAGGCUGUGGCUGUCAAUCAGGCAGCGGAGGCGGAGCCAGAAGCUGCGGCUCCGCCCCCCUGCCCUCCCCAGUAGCAGGUUUGAGCACAGUUCAAUUGAGCAACUUUUCCCCCCCCCCGUCCCCAGCCCCAGCCAUGGAGGUGGGGGCCGCGGGCAGGCUGCGGACGCUGCCCAUAAGUUGGGCUGCUCGUGUUUGCUGCUGAGUGGCUUGUUUCCAUGGGCUUCUCCGGGGGAAGGAUUUGUUAGCAGGAAAGGAAAGGGGGGGAAGCCCCCAGAGCCCAGCAGCACCCACCAAAGUGACCCCCCCCAGCCAGGGGGGGACACUGCCCUGCAGAGCCGACAAUGACCAGCCUCGGCUUUGAUGACACUUCUCUGGACAGCCUGGACCCUUCCUUGACUCUCCAGGAAUCCAGCGAGAUCGCCACCGCCCUGCUGAGCGACAUCGACGACAUGCUGCAGCUGAUCAACACCCAGGACAAUGAGUUCCCGGGCCUGUUUGACUCUCCAUUCGACGCACCUGCCGCCCCGAUGCCAGAGGCCAGCACGCCUGUGGGGCUGCCGUCCACAGCCGGCUCUCUCGACGGCUACCUGGGGCCCAGCCAGGCGCCCCCCUCCGCUCCCAUGAGCAUGUACCAGGUGCCCCCGCCACUGCAGAGCAUCUCACCGCAGCCCCAGCUGAGGGCCGGGCCAGGCCUGACGCUGGCUCCUUCGCCGGCAUCAGACAUCAAGGAGGAGCCCAUGGCGCUGUCUGCCAGCCAGCCCCAGCCUCCGCCCCAGCCGCAGCAGGGGGUGAUGACAGCCCAGAGCUUCGUCCCGUCUUCCCAAGGCCAGUUCACUGCACAGCCCUUGCUGGGCUACCAGAAUCAGCACGGCUUCACCGCAGUGCAGCCUGGAGGGGCUCCCCAGUCCCCGGCCAGCCUCCCUCACUCCUCUCCGCAGAUCCAGCCCGUCACCCUUCAGGCUCACGUCCAGAACAUCUCGCCCCAGCAGCUGCUGGCCACGGCCACCACCGGCACCUCCCAAGCUGUCUCCUCCCAGAUCCAGCAAGUCCCGGUCCUGCUGCAGCCCCACUUCUUCAAGGCCGAGUCCCUGUUCCUGACAGCUGUGAAGACGGACGUCUCUGGGGCAAAGACCUCCAGCCACACUUCGGUGGCCACCACGGCGGCCGUCCAGUCUGCCCCGCUGCAGGUCCCGACCCUGGUGAGCGGAGGCACCAUCCUGGCCACGGUGCCAUUGAUGGUGGAUGCCGACAAGCUGCCCAUUAACCGGCUGGUGGCCAGCGGGAAGCCAGCCUUUGUGCAGAACAAAGGCGAGAAGCGCACCGCACACAACGCCAUCGAGAAGCGCUACCGCUCCUCCAUCAACGACAGGAUCAUGGAGCUCAAGGACCUGGUGGUGGGCUCGGAGGCCAAGAUGAACAAGUCGGCCAUUCUGAGGAAGGCGAUCGACUACAUCCGCUUCCUGCGGCAGAGCAACCAGAAGCUGAAGCAGGAGAACGUGGCCCUCAGGAUGGCCGCCCAGAAGAACAAGUCCCUGAAGGACCUGGUGGCCACGUGCCGCGGGAAGCCGGACGUGCCCAUGGAGGAGAUCAAGCCAGAGAUGAUGGACAUGCUGACGCCCCCACCCUCGGAUGUGGGCUCCCCCUCCCACAGCAGCCCCCUCUCGCUGAGCAGCGGGAGCAGCAGCGACUCGGAGCCCGACAGCCCGCUGUUCGAGGAGACCAAGGGGAAGAAGGAGCAGCAGCUGUCCACCGGCAGCCUGGGGAUGCUGGAUCGCUCGCGCAUAGCUCUCUGUGCCUUCGUCUUCCUCUGCCUCUCCUUCAACCCCCUGGCCUCCCUGCUGCGGGGCACCAGCCCCGAGGGCGCCCCAGAGAGCGGGGCCUUCCCAGGCCCUGGCAGGAGCAUAAUGGGCAAGCCGGAUUCCAUAGACGAGGCCUCAGGCUGGCCCACCCUCAUCUUCUGGCUGCUCAACGUGCUGGUCGUGCUGGGAGCCUUCGUCCGGCUCUUCAUCUACGGUGAGCCUGUCACCCGCCCCCACUCGGAGUCGUCCAUCCUCUUCUGGAGGCACCGCAAGCAGGCAGACCUGGACCUGGCCCGGGGGGACUUUGCUCAGGCCUCCCAGCACCUGUGGACGGGCCUGAAGGCCCUGGGCCGCCCGCUCCCCACCUCCAACUUCGACCUGGCCUGCAGCCUCAUGUGGAACCUCAUCCGCCACCUGCUGCAGCGUCUCUGGGUGGGGCGCUGGCUGGCCGGGCGGGCGGGCGGCUUCCGGCGGGACAGCGAGCUGAAGGCUGACGUGCGCAAGAGCGCCCGCGAUGCCGCCCUGGUCUACCACAAGUUGCACCAGCUGCACAUGACAGGGAAGCACGUCGGGGGCCACCUCUCCGGCAUCAACAUGGCGCUGAGCGCCGUCAACCUGGCCGAGUGCGCCGGCGACACCGUCUCUGUGGCGACGCUGGCCGAGAUCUAUGUGGCCGCGGCGCUUCGCGUGAAGACCAGCCUUCACCGGCGUGUCCACUUCCUGGCGCGCCCCUUCCUGUGCAGCGCCCGGCAGGUGUCCCUGUCGCACAGCGGCACCGUGCCCCCGGCCAUGCAGUGGCUCUGCCACCCUGUGGGCCAUCGCUUCUUCGUCGAUGGAGACUGGUCUCUGAAGGGCACCCCGAGGGACAGUAUCUACAGCUCCACCAGCAACCUAGUGGACCCCCUGGCUCAGGUGGCCCAGCUGUUCCGUGAGCACCUGCUGGAGAAGGCCCUGUGCUGCGUAGCCAUGCCGGACCCCAACCCGCCAGCGGCCCACAGAGAAGGGGAGUUCUCCGAUGCCCUGGAGUACUUGCAGCUGCUGAACGGCUGCUCGGACACCGCCGGCACCCCCAGCUGCACCCUCUCCAUCAGCUCCGGGAUGGCAGCCAGCACAGGCAGUGACCCCGUUGCCAAGUGGUGGGCAUCCAUCGUCGCUGUGGCGAUUCACUGGCUGCAGGGGGACGAUGAGGCGGCCGAACGGCUGUACCCGCUGGUGGAGACCAUGCCGAGGGCCCUGCAGGUGUCAGAGAAGACCCUGCCCAGGGCUGCGCUGCACUCCUUUAAGGCCGUGCGGGCCCUGCUGGGGAAGCAGGACAGCAGCCAGGCCAGCCUGGGCCAGUGCGAGAAAGCCAGCAGCUACCUGCGGGACAGCCUGGGUCUCAGCUCGCCAGCCACUGGCACCCUUGACAAGGCGGUUCAGCUCCUCCUGUGCGAUCUGCUCCUGGUGACCCGCACCAACGUGUGGCAGCAGCAGAUGAACGUGAGCCAGCACCUGAGCUGUGUCUACCAGGCCUCGGCCCUCGAGCUGCGGGGCUUCCAGCAGGACCUGAGCAGCCUGCGGCGCCUGGCCCAGGCCUUCCGGCCAGCCAUGCACCGGGUGUUCCUGCAUGAAGCCACUGCCAGGCUGAUGGCCAGAGCCAGCCCCACCAGGACCCACCAGCUGCUGGACCGCAGCCUGCGCAGGAGAGGGGCUCAGAGCAGCAAAGAAGCCGGCGAGCCGGAGAGCCACCCCACGCCACGGGAGCACGCCGAGGCCCUGCUGCUGGCUUGCUGCUACCUCCCGCCCAGCUUCCUCUCUGCGCCAGGCCAGCGUGUGGGCAUGCUGGCCGAGGCCGCCCGCACCCUGGAGAAGCUGGGCGACAAACGGACACUCCAUGACUGCCAGCAGAUGAUCAUCAAACUGGGCAGCGGCACCACGGUCACCACCGGAUAGCGCUGUGGCCAGAGAGCCAUGGACCGUGGGGGUGGGAAGGCCACUGCUCCGAUGGGACUGAUCCAGUAAUACCUGGCCCAGCUUGAGCUGCUCCAUCAGGGCUGCUGUGCUGUGUCGUGGGCAAUGUGUCUCUGCUUAAUUGGCAGGAGUGUUAGUCAUUACUGCUGGGAGGGGCUGGGAGCCAGGACUCCUGGGUUCUAUUCCUGACUCUCUUCUCUGACCCUGGGCAAAUCACCCACACGUGCCUCAGUUUCCCCACAGGUGUAAUACACUUCCCUACCUCAGGGCGGUGCUGGCUGCCAAGGGGUGACACUGUGGACGAGGGGCUGCCUGGGAGCAGAGAUGCUGUCUUGGCGGGAGGGAGGGGCGGGUGCUCUGAGGGGGCUUCGUUGGUACGGUUUGACAGGCCGUGGGUGCCAUGGGCUGGGCCCAAAGAGCCUCCAGCCCUUCCCCUGUGCUAGGGCCUGGAGUCCCAGCAGAUCUCCUGCCUCACUCUCCAGCAUGGCCCCCCACCCUGCCCCCUGCCCUGCCCCCAGUCUCCCUGCAAUGCUGGGCACUGAGGUCCUCUAGUGGCACCUUCUCAGUAUUGCUGCAUUGGUCCAUUUCUCCAGCCCUUCUCCCUGGCCCCCGGGCAAAGCGUUCUAAGCUGCUGCCCCUGCCUCUCCCCCACCGCCCGCCCUAGAGGUCCCCGGGGGAAGGCCUCUGGCCCCCUCCAGCAGCAGCUGGCAGUGCCUGCCCCGGUCGUGCACAGUGCUGGUGCUGGGCGUCAACUACGGGGGCUGCAGGGAAAAGAGAAGAGGGCAGGGCUGAGGUGGGGGGUGGCCCUGGCAGUGGUGCCUGCCCGGAGCCUGUGGGUGGCCAUAUCCCAGGGCUCACAGCGUUGCCCCCCGCCCUGCCCUGGCUCCUUCGCCUGCGUUUCCUUUUUAAAGGUCAUUUUCAUAGUUGGAGAGUUUUGUACAGACGAUUAAAGCUGCUUAUUUAUA